CCCGAAACAGGCGCACCCCGAGCUCCAGGCGGGACUUCCUCUCUCCUGCGGAUGCGACAUCAGGGCUGAAGCAGGCAGAAAGGGCUUGGUCGGGGUGUCACCGGGUCCCGAUCCGUGCGUCUCUCUCCGGACGGCAGAUAUCCCAGCCGAACUGGACGCCGCUGUCGCCGCAGCUGGAAGCCCCCCGUAGAGGAGCCUCCUCCUCGGCUAUGCUGCCCUGAGAACGCCGCGACCACCCGCCCCGCCAAAAUGUCUGAUGUCAACAAGACUGUUCAGAAAUGGCACGCCAGUUUUAAGAAAGGCACAGACUUUGACUCGUGGGGGCAAUUAGUGGAGGCGAUAGACGAGUACCAAAUUCUAGCCAGACAACUACAAAAGGAGGUCCAGUCUACAAAUUCUUCAGAUUUCACAGAGGAGCAGAAGAAAAACUUAGGAAAGAUUGCAACAUGCCUAGAGAUGAGAAGUGCCAGUUUGCAGUGCACCCAGUCAAAGGAGGAGUUCAAGUUAGAGGACUUGAAGAAACUGGAGCUCAUAAUCAAGAACAUACUCACCUAUAACAAAGAAUUUCCCUUCGAUGUCCAGCCAGUGCCAUUAAGGAAAAUUCUGGCUCCGGGUGAGGAGGAGAACUUGGAGCUGGAGGCAGAGGACGAUGCUGCUGCAGGAGCAGGAUCGACAGAAACAUUCCCACCAAGAGCUCCCGGUACUCUGUUGCCGCGGUUACCGUCAGAACCUGGGAUGACGCUACUCACACUAAGAAUAGAGAAAAUUGGGCUGAAGGACGCCGGCCAGUGCAUCGACCCGUACAUGAGCAUCAGCGUCAAAGAUGUGAAUGGAGUUGAUCUGAACCCAAUGCAGGACACUCCUGUGGCCACCAUGAAGGAAGACACGUACAUUCACUUCAGCGUGGACAUAGAAAUUCAGAGGCAUGUGGAGAAAUUACCAAAAGGAGCAGCUAUCUUCUUUGAAUUCAAGCACUACAAGCCCAAAAAGAGGUUCACCAGCACAAAAUGCUUCGCCUUCAUGGAAAUGGACGAGAUCAAACCCGGACCGAUUGUCAUUGAACUGUACAAGAAGCCAACGGACUUUAAGAGGAAGAAACUGCAGCUGCUCACAAAGAAGCCACUUUAUCUCCACCUCCAUCAGACGCUGCACAAGGACAGCUAAGCCCCGUCUCGCCGUUUAAUCUCACUGCAUAUCCAGGGAAACGUGGUGUUCCUCCUCAUCGCCACAUUCAGCAAUACCAAAUGAAGGCUGAGGUGUGAAGAAAGUAAAAGGAUCCGAUCUCCUCACACGGAUUUUAUGAAUUUAAGUGCUUUUUUUUUGCUUCUGUUACAGAGUCCUAUUAAUAUACUUUAAACCAGCAGAAACAUUUUAAAGCAGUUUAAGACGCCUCAUGUUCAGUCUUCCACAUGUAGCUCUCUGAUUUUUCUUUUCAGAUGGAGUCACUGCAGGUACUUCUGGUUUGUUUUGUUACGUCACAAAACUCUGGACUUUAAAACACAACCCCCCCCCCCAGCAAAACAUUAACUCCUUAAUCCAACCACUGUUUUGGGAAAACUUUCAUCCUCUUCCUGGAAUAUUUAGUUUGUUCAAUUUAGUGUUUAUUCUUUGACUGCUGCUGAAUGUGUCUGGAGAAGGGGUUCAAACGGAGGCAUUUAAUCGGGAUUGACACCACUGAAAACACAGUACUGGGUUUACAAGAAGUCAGCAACAACAGAUGAUUGUGAAGCUGUCAAAGUUUAAGCAGAUAUGGCACAAUUCCCUUAAAUAAUUAGAAAACAAAAGCUGCCGAAAGUGGGCAAAACUGUACUUAACUGACAGGAUUUGCUGUAGCAUCCUAGAAUUGUAUAAAACUCCACAAUAUGUUGGUAUUUUUAACUUCUCAAAUGGAGAUAGACACCUAAAAUUAUAAAACUUCUCACUAUACUAACAGUAUGAUGUGAAAAAGUAUUUCUCCCCUUAUAGAUUUUCUCAAACUAAUUUUCAAGCAAAGAUGAAUAAAAACAAAAAGCAUUUUUUUUUUUGAAAAAGAGGCUUAUUUUAUGAAAGGAACAACACAUUUCCAAAUCAACUAACCAUUGGUAGCAUCAACUACCAAUGGUUAGAAAUAUUUGGUGAUGAGCAAAUUAGCCCCACUAUGGCUGGACUGCCAGUCUCUGAAUUCUAAAAACUUUUAAACGAAUAAAGAACAAAAAAAAAUAAAGUUCUUGUUUUGGACAACAAACCCAAACUAUUUGUUCAGAUUGUACUGGUUUAAAAUAUUUUUUAUUUUAAACAUACAAUGCAAUAUUUUUUAAGCUAAUUUGCAAAGGGAAACAUGAAAACAGAAGGUAUUUAAAUUAGAGAUUUGCUUAAUUCAGUAUUAAAGCUUCAAGAUGGAUUCAGUUCAGUUUUACAUCUGAGAAGGAAAUCAAAUGCUUAAAAAAAUUGUGAAGCAGAAAAAGUGUUUUUUCCAUUUUUUUUUAUUUAAAUCCAGUGGUUUUGUUUGUGCAGUUUUACUUAAAACAUGAAGGCUAAAUGAAGCUGUGAUUAGAUGCAUCUCUACACUUGGAUGGAGAACAAAUUGUUCAAAUAUAAUCCAUUACUUUGUAAUGCUAUUUAACUUCACUUUCUGUCACAUGUACGUAGUUAAAAUCUGCUUGUAGACUUUAUUUUUGUAACAUCUCUAAAACAAGGACAAACAAACUGUAAGAUAGACUAACUGAUGGAUUAACUGUAAAUGUGCAUCGGGAACCGUUUGCAAUUUUUUUGUUCGAACGUUUGCAAUUAUUUUUGAUUUCUAAUAAACUAUAACCGAGG